UGCCGUGCCGAGCCGUGCCGUGCCGUGCCGUGCCGUGCCGAGCCGUGCCGUGCCGUGCCGAGCCGUGCCGUGCCGUGCCGAGCCGUGCCGUGCCGAGCCGUGCCGUGCCGAGCCGUGCCGUGCCGUGCCGAGCCGUGCCGAGCCGAGCCGUGCCGUGCCGUGCCGAGCCGUGCCGUGCCGUGCCGAGCCGUGCCGAGCCGUGCCGAGCCGUGCCGUGCCGUGCCGUGCCGAGCCGUGCCGAGGGUCCAAGUCCCGGUCCAUGGCGGUCCAGGUGCAGGCAGCAGCCCGGGAGCACGCCCUCGCCGUCACCCGCGACUUCAGCAGCAGCCCCCGGCUGACCUACCGGACGGUGUGCGGCGUCAACGGGCCCCUCGUGGUGCUGGACAACGUGAAGUUUGCCCAGUAUGCCGAGAUCGUGAACUUCACGCUGCCCAACGGCACCAGCCGCAGCGGGCAGGUGCUGGAGGUGGUGGGCUCCAAAGCCAUCGUCCAGGUGUUUGAAGGAACAUCGGGCAUCGAUGCCAAGAAAACCUCCUGCGAGUUUACCGGGGACAUCCUGCGGACGCCGGUGUCUGAGGACAUGCUCGGUCGUGUCUUCAACGGCUCCGCCAAGCCCAUCGACAGCGGCCCCCCGGUGAUGGCCGAGGACUUUCUGGACAUCAACGGCCAGCCCAUCAACCCCCACGGGCGCAUCUACCCCGAGGAGAUGAUCCAGACCGGCAUCUCGCCCAUCGACGUGAUGAACAGCAUCGCCCGCGGCCAGAAGAUCCCCAUCUUCUCCGCCGCCGGCCUCCCCCACAACGAGAUCGCCGCGCAGAUCUGCCGGCAGGCCGGCCUGGUGAAGAAGUCCAAGGACGUGAUGGACUACCACGAGGACAACUUCGCCAUCGUCUUCGCGGCCAUGGGGGUGAACAUGGAGACCGCUCGCUUCUUCAAGUCGGACUUCGAGGAGAACGGCUCCAUGGAGAACGUCUGCCUCUUCCUCAACCUGGCCAACGACCCCACGAUCGAGCGCAUCAUCACCCCGCGCCUGGCGCUGACCACGGCCGAGUUCCUGGCGUACCAGUGCGAGAAGCACGUGCUGGUCAUCCUGACGGACAUGAGCUCCUAUGCCGAGGCCCUGCGGGAGGUGUCGGCAGCCAGGGAGGAGGUGCCCGGGCGCCGCGGCUUCCCCGGCUACAUGUACACCGACCUGGCCACCAUCUACGAGCGCGCUGGGCGCGUGGAAGGCAGGAACGGCUCCAUCACGCAGAUCCCCAUCCUCACCAUGCCCAACGACGACAUCACCCACCCCAUCCCCGACCUGACGGGCUUCAUCACCGAGGGGCAGAUCUACGUGGACCGGCAGCUCCACAACCGGCAGAUCUACCCCCCCAUCAACGUGCUGCCCUCCCUCUCCCGCCUGAUGAAGUCGGCCAUCGGGGAGGGCAUGACCAGGAAGGACCACGGCGAUGUCUCCAACCAGCUGUACGCCUGCUACGCCAUCGGCAAGGACGUGCAGGCGAUGAAGGCGGUGGUCGGGGAGGAGGCGCUGUCGGCCGACGACCUGCUGUACCUGGAGUUCCUGCAGAAGUUCGAGAAGCAGUUCAUCACCCAGGGGCCCUACGAGAACCGGAGCAUCUUCGAGUCGCUGGACAUCGGCUGGCAGCUGCUGCGCAUCUUCCCCAAGCAGCUGCUGAAGCGCAUCCCCGAGACCAUCCUGGCCGAGUACUACCCGCGCGAGGCCAAGGCUGCGGGCCAGCAGACGGCCAGCACGGCGCUGUGAGCACCCCGGGGGGGGUCGGCGCCGGGCUGCUGCUGCCCAGAAACCUCCGCUUCCAACCCAAAUGAAAAGGAAAGUGCAAGAAACCUCCGACCCUCGCUCAAUAAAGCAGUGCGAUCUCUAAACCCGGGCUGUGCGCUCGUGCUUCCCACCCCGGCUCUGAGCUCCUCCUGCCCCGUGCCUCCCCACGGCACUGCCCCGUGGCAGCCUGGCGCUGCUGUCCCACCUUGUCCCCCCCCCAGGA